CCUGGAGCUAGACCCGGGGAGAAGGAGGCCUCAGGUGACCGGGCAUCUCUCGGUGAUGGGGACGCGUCAGGCCAGGGUCACACGCACGGACACACACGCACGCACACACACGCACACACGCUCCCUUCCAGCGAAAGGUGCCUCCCCCUGGAGUACUCCAGACCCUCCGCGGGUCUGCCAGCCUAACCCGAGAACCCGUGCACCGGCCCCCGGGCCGCCGAGCGUUAGCCGCAGUCACCCAGGUAACCACCUCCGCCGCUGGACCAACCGACAACGGCCCGCAGCGCUCUCUCUGCGCACGCGCGAACCAGAGGCUCCGCCUCCUCUCCUCGUCCCGUCCCCGCCCCCCCCGCAGUACGCGUUUCUCGUCGGAUAUUUGGCUCUCGAGACGCUCCGUAGCUCCGGAGGGUGUCGCCCAUCCCCGGUGACGAACCAGGGAGCUGGGAGCGCGAUUGGCUCGAACCCACGUCUCCGGAGCUCAGGGAGCCUCGUUGCGCGAAGGCUGAAGGGAGGAGUGUGGCCGGCGGCCGCGCACCGGGGCGGCCGGCAUGCCUCGGUAUGCGCAGCUAGUCAUGGGCCCCGCGGGCAGCGGGAAGGUGAGGCUGGAGGAGCUGCGGUUCGGGGGCGAUGGGGCCCCGGGGAGCCCUGGAGCACCUACUGCUCCACCAUGGUGCAGCACUGUGAAGCCCUCAACCGCUCUGUGCAGGUGGUCAACCUGGAUCCCGCAGCAGAGCACUUCAGCUACCCGGUGAUGGCUGACAUCCGGGAACUGAUCGAGGUGGAUGACGUGAUGGAGGACGAUUCUCUGCGGUUUGGUCCCAACGGAGGAUUGGUGUUCUGCAUGGAGUACUUUGCCAACAACUUUGACUGGCUGGAGAACUGUCUGGGCCACGUUGAGGAUGACUACAUCCUUUUUGACUGUCCAGGUCAGAUCGAGCUGUACACACACCUGCCUGUGAUGAAGCAGCUGGUCCAGCAGCUUGAGCAGUGGGAGUUCCGGGUGUGCGGAGUGUUCCUGGUGGAUUCUCAGUUCAUGGUGGAGUCUUUCAAGUUUAUUUCUGGCAUCCUGGCAGCUCUAAGUGCCAUGAUUUCUCUAGAGAUCCCACAAGUUAACAUCAUGACGAAGAUGGACCUGCUCAGUAAGAAAGCCAAGAAAGAAAUUGAGAAGUUUCUAGAUCCAGACAUGUACUCUCUGCUAGAAGAUUCAACAGGUGACUUAAGAAGCCAAAAAUUCAAGAAGCUGACACAAGCUGUGUGUGGCCUGAUCGAUGACUACAGCAUGGUUCGGUUCCUGCCGUAUGAUCAGUCGGAUGAGGAGAGCAUGAACAUUGUGCUCCAGCACAUCGAUUUUGCCAUUCAGUAUGGGGAGGACUUGGAGUUUAAAGAGCCAAAGGAACAGGAAGAAGAGUCUUCCUCCAUGUUUGAUGAAUAUUUUCAAGAACGGCAGAAUGAGUGAGGUUGACUACACGGUGACCAUCUAUCUGAUUGUGGCCACUCAGAACACUCUUCUGGAGGAGGUGACCAUGGGAAGACGCUGCUUGUUUUAAUGUAAACAACACUGGGCUCCCCCUGGAGUGAGCCAGAUUGUGCGCUGAGCUCUGGGACUGCUGCUUUCAGAGAUUUUAUUCUGACAGCGUCAUUUUGGAUUUAAAAAUAUCAAAGUAGCAAUUCAUACACAAAGACUUGUAUAUAAUAUAAAUCAAUCUACCCCCACAUAUCUCUCCCGCACGUGCGUGCGUGCGUGCGUGCGUGCGUGCGUGCGUGCGUGCGUGCGUGCGUGCGUGCGUAUGUGUGUACAAUUAGGGCCAGUCUAACUUUAUUUUUAUGGUUGGUUUUUUUUGUUUGUUUGUUUGUUUUUUGAGGUGUUUUCUUUGGAUUGAUUUGUUUGUUUUUGGAGAGGUAUAAUUAUUGUAACAAAAAACAUAUCUCCAUUCAAAUGAAAAAAAUCAGAAGGCUAUACAUAAAUCUUAUUUUCCCAAACCAAACAUGUAUUAUUUAUAUAAUUAAAAAUUAAAACCAUGUUUUGA